CUAAAACAGUUGAGCUAUAUGCUUGUUUGGCUUCUUUUUUGUUUGAAGUGAUUGCCUGUUAGCCACAAGAAUUCAAUUCUCUAAUAUAUUUUAUGGUACUAGCCAAUGGUGACCAUAGAGCUAGAGGUAGCCAUCCUAUCAUAACAUGAGUGUAAUGGACAUUGAGAGAUACGAAUGUGUGCAUUUUCACCCACCUAUGUGCUGCGGGUGUGCCUACUGUUGCCACAUGUAUUUUCCAAUGUAGUGUGCCCAAGAAUAAAGUUUUAUAGGCAAACUUAUACCCAAAUUUAUUUUCCACUUUUUCUUCCAAAUUUGGGUAUAAGUUUUAUAGGCAAACUUAUACCCAAAUUCAUAUCUCAUACGAUAAUGUCCUUAUUUUAUGGAUAUGAAUGAUUUUUUGUAAAAAGAUUAUAUAGAGAAAAAAUAAAUAAAUAUGAAAAAUUUAUUAUUUAAAUGGAAUAGUGAAUAUUGACUAGUUAAAAUGGUGAGGCUGUUGGGGGAAUUUUAAUAAAGUGGGUCACCAGAAUAGAAAAAAGUGAUUUUUAAUUAUUUUGGUGAGUAAAAUUUGGUGAGGCUACUAAGAAUGCUCUUUAUACAGUUAUCCCUUAUAAUUAUGCCUUUAUGUUAGAAAAUUCAAAAAAAAAAAAAAAACACACACACACACACACACGAGAUGGCCUUGGGCCUCUGCCUCAUGGUUGGCCACUUGGCCACUUGGCCAUGUAGAUACACCCCUGUGAGGGGUGAAAGUUGUGGAAGCUCCGCAAUCAUCUCGUUAAGGUUGUCUGCAGGACCUCUAUGAAGAGUGGGUCACGAGGCCUUUACAACCAAGCCAUCACAAAAGCAUGACUUAUGGAGUACAGUCUUGGGAUCAUCAGUGGUAGGAAGAAGGAAUUAUUGCGGCUUGCUUGUGGCAAUAUAGGAUAGGAAAAGGUAAUCUGACAAGCCUUCAGAAUCAUAGCAAAAGGAAGGUUGUUAACGACAAAAUACCUGGUAUGUCAAAUCCACUGAAAGCAUAGGUUUGCUUUGUUGAUGACUUGCAUAUAAUAGAGACUCCUGCCAACGUCGCAAUUAAACAUUCGCUAAAAGGGUUAAGAAUGCUUAUCUCUUACUAUCUCUACAAACUCCAACUUUGCGCCAGGCGCCAAGUACCACUCACUGCCAAGAACCUCCAUGCCCAAAUCAUCAAAACUGGCCUAGACCAAUGUGAUCCUCUGCCCAACAGCCUCUUGGACGUGUAUGGCAAAUGUCGUCUCGUUCAGGACGCUCUUCACAUGUUCGACCAGAUGCCCCACAGAGAUCUUGUCUCAUGGGCCUCAAUUCUCACUGCUCUCAACCAGGCCAACCUCCCCCACCUAAGUCUCUCCAUGCUUCCUACCAUGCUUAGGCAUGAUGGUUUAGAACCUGACCAUUUUGUGCUUGCUACCCUUUUUAAAGCAUGUGCUAGAUUGGAUGCUAUUAGGCAAGGCAAGCAGGUGCAUGCCCGCUUUCUGUUAUCGCCGUUUCGAGAUGACAGUGUAGUUAACUCAUCGUUGAUCAACAUGUAUGUAAAAUGUGGAUUACCUGAUGAUGCACGUGCGGUUUUUAAUUCAAUUUCUUUGAAAAAUUCUGUUCCUUGGACUGCCAUGAUUUCUGGGUAUGCCCGAAGUGAGAGGAAAUUGAGUGGGAGUGGAGUUGAUGCAUUUCAUUUAUUUAUUGAAAUGAGAAGAGAAGGGGUUGAUAUAGUAGACCCAUUAGUUCUUUCAAGCACCAUUGGUGCAAGCGCUAAUCUAGCUGCGCUGGAGCUUGGAAAGCAGAUUCAUGGCCUAGUUAUUUCUCUUGGUUAUGAGUCUUGCAUAUUUAUAAGUAAUGCACUUGUAGAUAUGUAUGCCAAAUGUAGUGAUAUUCUGGCUGCAAAAGAAAUUUUUGGUAGUAUGCAACGAAGGGAUGUAGUUUCUUGGACUUCAAUAAUCGUUGGGGUGGCUCAGCACGGGCAAGCAGAGGAGGCAUUGGCUUUAUAUGAUGAGAUGAUUUCAGCUGGAGUAAAGCCAAAUGAAGUGACCUUUGUUGGAUUGAUUUAUGCUUGUAGUCAUGUUGGAUUAGUUAGUAAAGGUCGUCAACUAUUCAAAUCCAUGAUUGAGGAUUAUGGAAUUAGUCCUUCCCUGCAGCACUACACAUGCUUCUUGGAUCUUCUUAGUCGGUCCGGGCAUCUUGAUGAGGCUGAGAAUCUCUUCAAUGCAAUGCCAUUUAAGCCCGAUGAACCCACUUGGGCGGCUUUACUUGGUGCCUGCACGCACCAUAAUAAUAUUGAAAUGGGAAUCAGAGUUGCUGAUCAUCUAUUGAGUUUAAAACCAGAAGAUCCAUCAACCUAUAUUCUGUUGUCUAAUAUUUAUGCCGGUGCUGCAUUGUGGGAAAAGGUGUCAAAGGUGAGAAAGUUGAUGGCAGUCAUGGAAGUUAAAAAGCAACCGGGUUAUAGUUGCAUUGGAUUUGGAAAGGAUAGCCAAGUGUUUUGCUAGUAGUGCUUUAUUAAAGCACACAAGCUCUAUGAAACCCUUACCUGCCUUUGUUUUGGAAUACUCCCUCUUCUUCCACUUCAUCCAAUGAAUCUUUGAUUCUUUUUCUAGUGCCCCUACCAAAAUUUUUGCAUCAUUGAAUUUAUU